CAAUGCUGCUUCUUUCAUGCCAUCCAAACCCAAAAAAGAGUCACAUUUUGGAGAAAAAAUGGCAAUGCAGCUCAAUAGGCACUUGGGAUUAUUGUUUCUCAUCUUCUACUUUGUGGGGUUUCUUUCUUUUCCAGUGGAAGCAGCCUUGAAGAAGUAUCAGUUUGACAUUAGGGUCAAGAAUGUGAGGAAGCUAUGCCAUUCAAAGCCAAUUGUGACUGUAAAUGGAAGAGAGGAACAUGCACAAAUUCUAUGGUUGAGGGCUACUGUUUAUGGUGCCAUUGUUAUUCUUCCAAAGGAAGGGACUCCAUUUCUAUUUCCUCGACCUCAUCGAUCAACUAAGAUCAUCCUAGAAGAAUGGUCGAAUUCAGAUGUUGAAACGAUUGUAAACCAGGCCAACAGGUUGGAAGUACCACCACCAACUUCUGAUGCACAUACCAUCAAUGGCAGACCAGGGUCACUCUUCCCGUGCUCUCAGAAAGAUACUUUUACUAUGGAAGUGGAGUCAGGAAAAACGUACCUCCUGAGGAUCAUCAAUGCUGCACUCAACGACCAGGUGUUCUUCACCAUCACCGGUCAGACAACAAACGUUCUAGUUAAAGCAGAUCAAGCUCCAGGGUGGUAUUUCAUGGCGGCAAGGCCUUUCAUGGAUGCACCAGUUCCGUGGAUAACAAGACAGUCACAGCCUUUCUACAGUACAAGGGAAUGCCCAACACAGUUCUAGCAUCAUCCUUGCCCACAUUUCCUGCUCCGAACAACACCAAGUUUGCCUUGAAUUAUAACAGUAAUGUCAAGUUUUGUGAAAGAUUUUUAAUAUUUAUUCAUCGUGAGUGACAGAUACAAUAUAUACAAGUCUGAAUGUGAAGCAGUUACAUAGUUUGCAAAUAAAAGGAGAAAAUCAAG